CCAGAUGGGUUUAUGGAGCCAUAAGCUCUUUGGGGCUUUAAAGCUCAGCUGUUUCAGUUGACCUGGAAAAGAGGAGGCCAGACCACUUGUGGACCUGAGUGAAUAGUUACUGACCGGGAAAUGGCUGGAGGUGAUCCCUAAACCAUGAGAUUUCUCUGUAGAUUCUGAGGACCCUCCAAUGCAACUGUCAACGCCCAACCCUUCCUACUACACUGAGGUUUCAGAAUAAAUUUGAAUGUGAAUUAUAAAUAAGUUUAACAUACAUAUAUGUGUGUGUGUGUGUGUGCAUGUGUUAAACAUAUAUAAUUUACACACACACACACUAAAAAAACCCCUCCAAAAUUCCAGUCCCACCUACAUAUCAUCCAACCCAUCCCUGGGCUAACUAAUCCACCAGAUCAGAAUUUUCUUUCCCUUGAUAUUUUUUCAAAGAACAUUGUUGAAAUGAAUAAUUUAGUGCCCACCUUAUUCAUUUACUUAUCACCGAACAGUAGUUGAUCAAGCCUCCCCUUCAAACUACAGCAAUAUAUCUAACUCUACAGAUCUAUGCUUUUAGCAUCUCAUCCUAGUGUUGCACAUCUGGAUUUUUCCAGCAGGGCCCCAAUUUAGAAUUCUAUUAAGAAAAGCCAAGACUCUUUUAACACAUUCAGGCUGUAAUUUUAUGCCCGCUCACUUGGAGGAAACCCAGUGUAACUCAACAGGAAUUACUUCUGGGUAGAUACAGAGAUAAGAUAAAGGUUCCUUUAUUACUGCAAGCCCCUUGAGACUCCUCCUGGAGAAAUUGCUAUAGUAACUUCCUGAGCUCUUAGUUUCAUGUGAAUGGCAAUGGUGUCUCUCUGCCCUGCAGAGGAACUAUUCAAUCCUUACUCCUUGAAACAUGCUUAGUGGGUAUUUCUCUUUUCAGUCACUGAGAGAACAAUGCUUUGAGGAAAGGGGCUGUGCAGAAACUCCUGCUUUGAACUUGCUCAGGUUGCAUGUCACAAUUUGGAAAGAGAGGAGUGAUUUGGAAAAGCUGCAGUCAACCAGCUACAAAUAUGAGUGAUUCUUCAUGAGUUUCUGUGGAGCUAAAGAAAUUAGUUUCUUUGGGUUCAUUUCCAUGCUGAUCUGAACUUGAUAUGAUAUAGAGUAUUGGAUCAACCAUGAAUGAUAAAGGCUCCUAUUUUCUCAUCCCAUUUUCUCCAUGUAAUUCCUGUUAAACAGAGAGAGAACUCUUGGCAUAGUAUCUGUAUUAAUCAGCGUGACAAUUCAAGAAACAGUGCAAUUGUUUUUCCAAUGGCAUUGAUUACAAAAGAUUGGGAUCUUCCCAAUCUCCAGAAUUCAUCAAUGGCAAACUGCAUUUGCAUAUGGCCAAAAAAGCUACAUCAAAGUGUCCAUGAAGAAGACUUGAUCUGAUAGUCAAAAAGGUAAUGAGUAUUAUCUGCACCUUCUAUAUUUUUCCCCUCUGGUCUCAUUCUUUAUUAUUCUUCCACAAGCUCUGUGUGUGUGUGUGCGCGCACGCCUAUCUCAAGCUAAUACUAGGGGUCAUAAUAUUAUCCUAAGAGGAUUCUAUGACAUAUUACAUUUGUUAGUUUUAAGGUGCAGCAAGACUCUUUGUAUUCUCCUGGACCUUGUUAAAAUUCUAUGUGCUAGUUAAGAUGAGUGCCUAGGGCAAGGGGAGGCAAAUGAUGGAAAGUACAUUGCAACACCAUGAUGCAAUGUAAGAGUAGACCUUGCACUGUGAUGUCAUCAUGGAUGUUUCAUCAUUUUAAUGGAAUCUUAGUUUGCUGUGGACAUCUCUGGUUGGAAACAUGACCAAUUCGAGGGAUUAGCUUCUUUCCCAGAGACUGAGUCACUGUACCAUUACAUUUAGUAUUGUUUGUUCCAGUUCAUGCAGUUCAGUAGCAAAGAUAUUUCUCAUUACCUUGCCUGUUAGCAAAUUUGGGAACUUUCUUAAGCAGGGCUUGUGGUUGGUUUCUGCGUUUGUUAAUGAGUACCAGGUACAUAAAGACACCCUCCAUGGAGUAUUCAGCCUUCCAUUUCACAUAUUGUUGUUGAUGCAAUAGAUCCAGAGCUGUUUAUCAUGAAAGAGAUGGUUGGGUGGGGAGAGAGAAGAACAAAUGCAAACUUGGCUUUAAAUCAGCAGAUAAAUGGCUUCUAUCAAAUAACUGAAUUUGUGUUGGAAAAAUGUUCCUUUUUUUCACUACCUGUUCAUAUUUGAUCUGAAAAAGGAAGAAGGAGGAAGAAUUGCUUUCAGGAUUACUGUUCAAAGAAUAGAAUUCUGAUGACCAUUUCAUGGGCUGAGUGUACUUGUUUAAUGUAUUUAAUGUAAUGUAUUUAAUGUAAUGUGUUUAAUGUACAUGCACUUGUUUAAUGAUCAGGUAUCCAAGGCUGUGCAUGAAUCUUGAACGUCUGUUGAAUCAACAUCGCAUGUUCUGUUGAGCUGUCCAUUGUCCCAUUCUUGGCUCUCUGAAUUAAUAUCCCUCCUCUUUGUAAAUCACUCCAGCUGUUCUUUGACAGAAAAUACAUUUUCCCCAAUUAACCAAUACAUUGUUAGGAACCUCAAAAAAAGUAUUAAAGUAUUGUUCAGUCAUGAUCAUUGAAAGGAAAUUCUGAGUCUAAUUAAGUUCUCAUAGUUUUUCCCCAUGUUAUAAAGCAGUUAGAGUAGCGGGCUGGCAGAGAGGGAUGGAAAACUAGUGGAAAAGAAAUAAAGUGGGGGAUGCUGAACAAGAACAUUUCUGGCUCACUAGCUCCCUGAACAAAUUUAUCCCAAUCCAAUAUCUUAUUUGUAAACUAAGAAAGAAAAGCAUGCCAUUACAAGCAACCAACAGAAGCAGUUUAAUAGAAAGUCUUUGCCUGGCUCUGAAUGGGCAUCAAACUCAAAUCAAACUGGCUCUAUUCAACUUUCAAGGCUAUAAAUUGAGCCAGUCUGAGUCAGAAAGUUGAUUCUGUUUGGAAAGAAAGGUGCUUUUGCACAUGUAUCAAUUCAAUCUGAAUCAUCAAUCUGAUUGAGGGAGUCGAUUGGGGGUUGGGAAGAGCUGUCUUAGUCUGUGGCAACAAAACCAACAGAGUCUGGUAGCACCUUCAAGACUCACCAACUUUAUUGGGGUAUGAGAUGUCUUGAGCAGCAAAAUCGUAUGCCCCAAUAAAGUUGAGUUUUAAAAGUGCGAUCAGACUUCAUGCCUAUUUUGGAAUUCUAGUUCAACUGUUUUGAGAUCAAAUCUCUGAAUCUAUGUCAAUGCUGCCUUAUUGCAUGAGGGAGUUGCUUUAUGUACACUCAUGAAAAACAGUAAUCCGAUUGGUCAAGCCAAUCAAUUAAUUGAUCUGCAGGAAUGGGGAAUUUCUCGUAUUAGAGAAUUCAGAAAUUGCAGCUCCCAUCAGCCUCAGCCGCAGGGUUGAUUGUAAUCCAUCAGCUGGAAGGUGAUUAUUUCUAUUUUUUCCCAUUCCACAAAACUGACGGGAACUAAAUAAUUAACAGCAAGUUAUAAAAACACCCAUCAGUAAUUGAAGCAAAUUUUGUAUUGAGCUAUUCGCUAUCAACACCUGCUAAAAUAAUUCAGGCUUAUAAAGCAUUUCAAAAAUUCAGGCAUAUAAAGCAUUUCAAAAAUAGCUCACCCUCUUAUCAGUCAGAGACAGUAGAUAAAGGUAAUGUUUCAAAACAGCUCCUUUCAUAAACAUAAUUUAAAUCAAUAGAGUAGCACAAUGAUACAGAAGUAAUGCUCUAUGCAUUUGCUCUGUUAUGGAACGCUAUCAGUUGAGCGUUGGAAAGUCUACAGUGGCACAGUGAAAGGUCAUCCCUGGAUAGCCAGAGAAGACUAGUUUGACCUGAGUAUUAACCUGUAUUUUGAGUGGCCCAGCUGGGGAGUUUCAACAAGCAAUUUUACUAAAGGCUUUGGUUUCCCAAUGCUUGGGCUGGCUGAUGGGCUGCCAGGCCUGACAUAUAAAAGGAGGAAAAAGAAACAAGAAACUGGCAACCCUCAAUCAUUGAAAAGAUGAGUUUCUCCCUGUCUCAUCAAGUGGGAUAAUCUGGAUUUGGAAGAGAGAAACAAUACUGAGACUUGGCCCUGGUUUUUACCUGGACUGACUACCAAAUCAGAUGUGGCCUGGGAGAUCCAUGAUCUCUUUAAAAUAAUUUCUAAGUUAUCUCGAUUGGAAUAUCAGGAAAAGAACUAUCUAGGUUUUUUUCUGUUCUGGGUUUGAAGAGGAGGAAGAGGAGUAUAAGGAGCUUUACAUUCUUUCCUCAAGAGGUUUAGCAAAUAGAAGAGUAGGAUUUUGGGUAGGGUCUGAACUGCCAUAGGCAUGCAGUGACCAAAAGUCCAUUGCAAAAUCCAAUAGAACAGUGAACUUGCUAUCUGAGUGCUAAAUCUUAUACAUGCCUUUCCCAUAUACAAGAUGGAGGUUUUCACAGGUUUUUUUUUUUUUUAAAGUUCAGGCUUGAAACUUUAGAAAUUUUUUGGAGGGGACCAGUGACUAAGAGAACAUUCCACAAAUGUAGAGAGUAAGGAAGAUGACCUUGAUGGAAACAUGCAAGAACCAUUACUUAGGUAAAAGGGGCUGAAACAUUUUUUAAGUCCAAAACUAUGAGAUAACAUUCGGAAGUGUCCCAGGCAGACAUUUUCACUGACCUAUAAGGAGAAGGAGGAGGUACAGCACAAUCAGACUUGCACCAUUUUGUUAUUGUAGCCAAUCUUAAUAAAUGUAGGUAUAGCCUUCCUAUGGAAGUGUUUCCUGGUCUGGUCUACCUAGUAUGGCUGACACCAAAUGGCCCAAAGCAAUUUAGUAGGCUCAGUGGGUAAUAAUAAAUACUGAUUGUUGGGGAGAAAAGUGGAGGAAGAUAAAAUGGAAAAGAACAUAUAGAGAAUAGAAAAUACAUAGUAUUGCAGAUUUCAUUGGGUUCUGUUUGCCACCAUGUUGAUGAAUACAGAGGAGUUCAACGAUAUAAUUAAAAACUCUAGAUACUGUGACCAUCUCACCCCACUAAUGUUGUUAUAAGUAGAUAAGUUGCUUGAGUAGAUAUGUUGGUUGUUUUCAUCCAUAUCUACAGGAUAUGGUAAAAAUGUCAAGAUGGUGGCCAACACUGCAGUCAAAACUCCUAAUUUAUUUUGGCUGCUCUUGAAAAGCAGAGUUGAACCUUUCGAGUACUAUGGAAGCCUACUAGGAAACCCAGGACUGUAAAUUAAAUAGAGAUUAAAAAAAAAAAAAAACCUCCUUGAAACCACUUCCACAUUGUUGCCAAGAAAACAACAUGGAUGUGUUACAUAUGAAUUCACCUCCCUAGGAGAUGAACUCAACUUGAAUGAGACUUACAUCACCAUUAUUUAACAUUAAUCCCCCUUUGACCACAUUAGGCAUGUACAUACAUAAUAACACCAAACCUAGCUGCAUCAGAAGAAGUGGCCAGGAGAUCCUAUAGUUUUAUGGAGAUGUGAUUAUACCAUGAAAUGUACAACACUCAUAUGUACACCUCUUGGUCACCUUAGCAAUAAGGCAACCAUGGUCAUAGCUAACUUCGUUUUAGGGCUCUCUUCCCAAAGAAGCGAUUUUUCCCCUCCGCAUGGUGCUGAAGGGACAGCGACGGCACGCAAAUAGGAAGAGCCUUCUCCUUCCACGAGAGGAUCGACUUGUCCACCACCAUCUAUGGUGCUUAGGCAAGGUUUGAAUAGGGCUCCGUCCACAGAUGAGGGCAGGGCAGGGAGGGGCCGUGUGAUGCACCGUCCUUAAUAGGGAAAUGCAGCCCUGUUCUGCAUAAAGAAGGAUGGAUCAAAAUUCUUUUGUAGGACAAUGGUUUUCUUUGAUCGGUUCAAAUGUCACAAACUUGUGUGCAAGCUUUUGGGUUCUGCAGAGCUCCUGAACUAGGAAGAAAAAUGAAAGGGGAGGGGAAAGGCUGCAAAAAGUGGGGAGGGAGCGCACGAUUUUGAAACCCUGGUGUUAGCCUUUAGUCCCAGUCUUAAAACAAAAUUCAGUAUUAUAGAGCAUGUGUUUUGCACACCGGCAAUAUUGCGUUGAGGGGUGGGGUGGGAUGGAGAAGGAUUUCAGGUAGCAAUUGAAUUGGAAAAGGCACAUCACCAAGACUUUAAAGAGCUGCCUGGAAAAAUAGAUUUGUCUUCCUGGGCCUGGAGUUUUCAGGCAUGUUUGAUUGGUCAUGUUAGGCACGUGGGAGAGUAGGAGUUGGUUCCAACCUAUCUGAAGGGCACCAGGUUGGGGAACACUGGAGUGGACAAUAUACAAGAUGGCCAUAGGAACACAUGCACAUUCAUGUACCCUCCCAGCAGCUGCUUUCUCUUUAGCAUCCGCUCCACACAAACAAGACCCCGUUGGCUGCCUUGUCAAGGUCAAAUUUUUGUGUUCUGAAAAUUCUCCCUCCCUUCCCCACCCCCGGCAAGAAAUUCUCUUCACUUGCUUUGUCAGAGGCGUCUCUUUCCAUGGCCGCGAGCAGAGGGUGCGGGUGGGGGGAGCAGUACCUUAAGUCACUGCAGUAGCACCCCAUCUUUUUGACUGGGCAAUUCCACCCCACUCUUCCUCACCGAUCCCUGCCCCUGAAGUGGGUCUCUCUUCCCACUCGUUCCCGGAAAAGGGUUGUCUGCAAAAAAAGAGCUGCUCGGGGCAGAGGGGCGUGGGAUCCGAGGAUUCCCACGCGCGGCUUGCCCAUGAGUUGGGUGUGGCUGAAUUAGGAAAGCCUUCUGCCUUCAAGGAACGAGGAGGGGGGAUCAGCUUCUGCGACACCCCCACCCCACCCGCUCCUCUUCCCUACCACUUGUAGGAGCUGCAGUGCGCCGGGGCUUCCCCCUCCAAGCUGCUGGUCCAGUCCAAUUCGCCCAUUUCAAUUGUCACCUCACUUCCGGAUCAAUCCUUAAUUUCUGCUGCAGAGUGAGUGGGGCUUUCUCUCCCUUUCCCUUCCUCACCCUUCGCUCUUUUCCUGCCCACUCCCCCUCCCCUUCCUCCUCAUCUGGCUGCUGGGAACUUGAACCCAGCCCUCCCGCCGGCUGCGCUGCCCCGCCCAUCUUCGCCCGCCCCUCCACGCCUUUCCCAGCGAUCACCUCCCAAUUUCGCGUCUCCCAACGCCGGGCUCCCCUUCCAACCUCGCCUGCCUGGUAUCUAUGAGGGUGAGGAGGGGCAAUACAAAAGGCUCGCUUCUGCCCACCCCCGCCUUUGCCAAGGGCCGGAGGCUUGGCCGCUAGCAGGUUGCCUUCUCCUCGCCUCCGGAGGAUAACAGAGAGCCAGGCGAGGGCGAGGCGAGACGCGCCCCGGGGCGAGCCAUGGCCGAGAAGAAGCAGGCGGCCAAGCCCGGUGGCGAGGAGGAGGAGGAGGUCCCAGCCUUCUUCAAAAACCUGGGCUCCGGCAGCCCCAAGCCCAGACAGAAAUUCUGUGGCAUGUUCUGCCCGGUGGAAGGCUCCUUGGAGAACAAGACCAUCGACUUCGACUCCCUCGCCGGGGGACGUGGCUCUCCUUCGGGCAAGAUCGUGGCCAAACAGCGGGACGUGGCUCACCUCGGACCAGAGGCUCCCUCCGUCUCCUCGUGGCAAGGCAGGAAGGUGGAGAUCCGGAGAGCCAGCGGCAAGGAGGCUUUGCAGAACCUGAACGACAAGAGUGAUCGCCUUUUGAUCAAGGGGGGCAAAAUAGUCAAUGAUGACCAGUCCUUCUAUGCAGACAUUUAUAUGGAAGAUGGGUUGAUAAAACAAAUAGGGGAGAACCUAAUUGUGCCAGGAGGAGUAAAAACCAUUGAGGCUCAUGGACGGAUGGUGAUCCCUGGAGGAAUUGAUGUCCAUUCUCGUUUCCAAAUGCCUGACCAAGGAAUGACCUCUUCUGAUGACUUCUUCCAAGGAACAAAAGCAGCCCUGGCUGGGGGCACCACUAUGAUCAUUGAUCACGUUGUUCCUGAGCCAGGCACCAGUUUGAUCUCUGCAUUCGAUCAGUGGCGAGAAUGGGCAGACAGCAAGUCCUGCUGUGAUUACUCUUUGCAUGUGGAUAUCACAGAGUGGCAUAAAGGGGUUCAGGAGGAGAUGGAGGCCUUGGUUAAGGAUCAUGGAGUCAAUUCCUUCUUGGUGUAUAUGGCUUUCAAGGACCAUUUUCAGCUAACAGAUUCUCAGAUUUAUGAGGUCCUGAGUGUAAUCCGUGACAUUGGUGCAAUAGCUCAAGUCCAUGCUGAGAAUGGUGACAUCAUUGCAGAGGAGCAACAAAGGAUCUUGGAACUGGGAAUCACUGGCCCUGAAGGGCAUGUGCUGAGCAGGCCUGAAGAAGUGGAGGCCGAAGCUGUGAACCGGGCUAUAACCAUUGCUAACCAAACAAACUGCCCCUUAUACAUCACCAAAGUGAUGAGCAAAAGUGCCGCUGAAGUGAUUGCCAUGGCCAGGAAGAAGGGCACUGUGGUGUAUGGUGAGCCCAUUGCAGCCAGCUUGGGCACCGAUGGAUCUCAUUACUGGAGUAAAAACUGGGCCAAAGCAGCUGCUUUUGUCACUUCUCCACCACUGAGUCCUGACCCAACUACUCCGGACUUCCUCAAUUCUCUGCUCUCUUGUGGAGAUCUCCAGGUUACUGGCAGUGGCCACUGUACUUUCAAUACUGCCCAGAAAGCUGUUGGGAAGGACAAUUUUACUUUGAUCCCACAAGGAACCAAUGGAACUGAGGAAAGGAUGUCCAUCAUCUGGGAUAAAGCCGUGGUUACUGGCAAAAUGGAUGAGAACCAGUUCGUUGCUGUAACUAGCACCACAGCAGCCAAGAUCUUCAACCUGUAUCCACGGAAGGGCCGCAUUGCAGUGGGAUCUGAUGCUGACCUGGUGAUCUGGGAUCCCGACAGUGUCAAGACAAUCUCAGCCAAGACACAUAACAUAAAUGUGGAGUAUAAUAUCUUUGAAGGUAUGGAGUGUCGUGGGUCUCCCUUAGUGGUCAUCAGCCAAGGAAAAAUUGUGCUGGAGGAUGGCAACCUCCAUGUAACUGAGGGGUCCGGCCGAUACGUUGCCAGGAAACCCUUCCCUGACUUCGUUUACAAGCGUAUCAAAGCAAGAAGCAGGCUGGCUGAAUUGAGAGGUGUCCCACGCGGUUUGUACGAUGGCCCUGUUUGUGAAGUAUCGGUGACACCAAAAACGGUCACGCCAGCUUCCUCGGCCAAGACUUCUCCAGCGAAACAGCAGGCUCCACCUGUGAGGAACUUGCACCAGUCUGGAUUUAGCUUGUCGGGUGCACAAAUCGAUGAUAAUAUCCCACGGCGUACUACGCAGCGUAUAGUUGCACCACCUGGUGGCCGCGCCAACAUCACCAGCUUGGGUUAAAAACAACAUGGGGGGAGAAAAAGUCCACUUAGCAGAUGGUGGGAGAGGGUGGGGCACUUGAAAAGACCUUUUUUUUAAAAUAAUUCUUUUAGAGCCUGUGAUGGUUACUGCGGGCAAGCAGUGGAUAAGGCCUAAUUGAGGCCAUAGUCUCCCCCCCCCUUCCUUUUAUUGUUAAUGAUUUCCCACCCCAUCUCUUCACAAAACCUGCUCACUUCUCCCUUCCUCCACAUUUGGGAACAGACACCCCCCCCACUUUUCCAUUUUUGAAAGAGAUAAACAUUGACGUGUAGAACUUGUAGUUGACGUGACCAUGAACAUCAUCGUUUCUUUGCUUUGCCUCUUUUUUUUUUUUUUUUAAUCUUUUAAAGGAAGGAUAAAGUGAAUUUCCUGUGAGCUGCCUCUUUUUUUCCUCAUCUAUUAAGGUUUGUUUUUUGCUUUCGUGAAAGAGAAAUAAAGGGUCUAAACUGGACUUUUCCAAAACUGGACUUACCAAUCAUGCGACUUAGAACAUGGGAGUAAUUAUCCAAGACCAAACCCAUUUAUGGCCUUCUUUCCCUUUAGAGGAAGGAAGAUUUUGUGCUGCUGAGUCGAGGGGUAAUUGGGAAGUGGAGAAUGUAUCCCAUCUUAUUUUGAUAUUUAAUAUUCUUAUCCCACUCUUGCAGCAAUUGAAGGAUUCUUCAUUUUCUUCUAAAUAUAUAUAUAUGUAUGUAUAUGCAUAUGAUUGUGGACUUGUUCCUGCACGUUGCAUUGUUUGAGAUGCCUUAUUUUAGGAUGGAGAGAAUCUUUCCUUUUUCCUGUUCUCUUGAGUUUUUUUCCUGUUCUCUUGAGUUUUAGGGUCCCCAUAGCUUCACCAUAUUCUGGUCAUUUCUUGCAUCAACUCAGCCUUGAUUUUUGGCAUCCAAAUGAUAACCUUUCAGAGGUUCUCCAAUAUGUUCUUCUGAGUUUUGGAAUCUAAACCAUACCUUCUAAAAGAGAUCCUCCAUUGUACUAUCCCUAAAGUUACCUGAUUCUAUAUAGAGUGGCUUGUUGUUUGAACUGUUCCACCUCUAUUCAUUGCCAAUAGGUUCUUAGGAAAUUCAAGCCACAGACUCUUUGUUUGAGGGGUUGAGCGCUCAGAGCAAGGGACCUGGCCAGGGAGCAUCUUGUAAAUUACUUCCUGCAUUUAAAAAAAAAAAAUUGCGUGGCUUUUAGAGAAAUUAAAAAAAAAUCAGUUGCAUUAGAAAAAGAGGGCAUCAGUCCAUUCUUACCACUGUUCCAAAAUAAGAGGGCCAGCUGCAUAACUUAAAAUCACCAUGACUUGCUUCUUACAUUCCAACAACACAUGAGCUCUUUCAUAGCUGGGAAUCUGAAUGCCCUAUCUUCCUCCUUCAGCUCAAUCUUCAUCUUUCUGUACCAUUAUAUAGUGUAGUCUUGGAGAGCCGGUCCUUGGCUGAGUGAAAACUGAGAUAUAGGAGAGACAUGUAGGACUGAUUCCCAGAAUUCUUUGAUGCAAGAAAAAGAGAAUGGAUGGAAACUUGUGGCAAAUAGAAGUCCUUUUAGUUCUUUGGUCACAUUAUAUCUGGAUUAGCCUUGGAGUUGAGGUUGGGCAAUCUCUUCUGUACAACAGCUGUUUUGGGCUUGGAAUUGAAGGUUUUGGGUUGAAGUCAUUGCCUGAAUCAAACCUUGCACCUUUUGGGUGUUUUGGUCCAUGCAUGGAAUUAAAUAGGGCUGUUCUGAUCUGUGUACAGAACAAAUGGUAGUUGUUUUGAUCUGGAUGCAAGUGGUUUGGGUGGCCUGGGGAAAAAGCCAAGGACUUUGCCUGCUUAGGGUAGGAAGGGAAGACACUAAGGAUAAUGAGGGAGCUGAUGGGAUGUGUCUUGCUAGGACAUGGGUGGCAGCUGAGGAGAGCGAGAGAAGUCUCUGGAAAUGCUAUGGGGUGGGCUAGUGGAAUAUGCUACUUGGAGCUGCUGAGGGGAGGAGGAGAGAGAAUAGGUAACAUUCAUCAACUUUACCCUACUUGUCCAUCCAGUGUUUGCUUGGCCAAAACUCAUAAUAGCUAAAGCGUCUGGCUUUAGGUUUUCCUGACCUGAAAUAGUUCAGCAGAACAUGGAGACCUCUUAAUUAAUAUUUAUUAGCUAACUUGGUCCAAUGAAGUAGGUGAUCCUCUUAGCUCACUCCCAUCCCAUGAUAGAAUCUUAAUGUGUAUAACUUAAGAGAUUCAUCUAUCUCAAAUGUAGCCCACACAAGAAUUGGCUUAAUUCACAGAUCCUAGAUGAUCAGAGCAUAUAGAAAUGUGACAACUUCCAUUAAACCUACUAAGAGGUUAACUUGCAAAGUCUCUAUAAUCUCCCUUUUCUUUCCCAUCCGUGUUGUGUUGGUUUAGUCAGUAUUUUGCCACUUCCUUCCUUUAUUGUUUACUGCUUCCUUUUUUUAAUACCAGUCUUCACAUACAUGUAUUUGAUUAAUCUGUGCCUUUACUUACCUUGGAUGCAAGUCUUGGAUAGGUGACCUUGGAAGGGUUUUAUAGCUUCAUUCUUAAAUCAGAUUGACUGUGCUAAAGCAAGAUUUAAGUAUCUACUUUCCAUAAACUAGACCAGAUGCCCCGUGAAAAAUAGGAUUGCAUUCAAGGCCAGAGGUUCUAAGGACUUUACACAGCACAAUGACAUAUUAAGAUUCCCAAAUUACUAAUACAUGAAUAAGUCAUGAAUGUUUAUUCCUCUCUUUCCUCUAACUUAAGGUCAGAAGUGAUGCAGUCCAACAUGCCAUUGCUUCUGUCACUUCUUCCAUCCAUAAACCAAGCAUAGCGUGGUAUUACUUCCCCAAGUUCUCCAGAGUUGAUAUCUACAGGUUAUAGUCAACUUUACUGGUCCCUCCUGGAUCCUUGGAGUGUCCAUACCUUUUCAGCUUGCCCUGUACAGGGCCUACCUUUCACCUCUACACCACAGCAUUUACUGGAACUUGUGUGAAGCCUACAUAUGUUUGUAGAUUUCCUUUUAACCAGUGUUCUUGAUAGCCAUGGAGCAAUGGGUGACAUGCAUAAUCCAAUGUGUUCCUCCUUCCAUGGAUUUGGCCACGUGAAGGUAUUCCUUAGGACACGUCCUGUCUUUGGUCUAAAUUCUCCAGUGCUCAGACCGGAGUGUAAAAAACCCUGCCAAUUGGAUGCUGAAACGUGUGGCAUGAAUGGUGUGAAAUUUGAAAGUAACUCGCCCUUUUUCUUUUUUUUCCACCUUCAUGCUGGUAAGGGCAAUUCAUUCCAGACCCUUUCAAAUGGGUUUCUUAAUUUUUAUUUACUUAAGAGAUUGCACUUUUAUUAAGAAAAUAUUUAGUAAGUGUAAUA